GGGAGGCUGAAGGGGAGGGCGAGGGGAGGAGGAGGAGGGUCCGGGGCGGAGGGGCGGUCGGCGGGAGAGAUGAGCGCUCGGUCCCCGCUGAGGGCCAGCGACGAGAAGGAGAAGCAGCAGCAGCAGCCGUCGCCCUCGUCCUGGUCGCCUUCUCCGAGCGAAUGAACUGAGGCUCGGCCGGCGAGGCCCGGUCUGGCCUAGGCUUCGUUCUGCAGCCUCCUCUUCCUCCUCUUUAACAGCGGGGUUGCCACAUUCAGCAGAUACCCCCACCAUCCCCAUAGCACCUGGGUACAGAUUGGAGGACUGCCAUAAGAAGGAAGCACUAGGGAAUUCUGCUUCACACAAAGUCCAGUUGCACAUGCCUAAGUCUGGAUCUAAGAUCUGAAAGGGCACGGCAUCAUGGGAGCUUUCUUAGAUAAGCCAAAGAUGGAGAAGCACAAUGCCCAAGGGCAGGGUAAUGGACUGCGCUAUGGACUAAGUAGCAUGCAAGGUUGGCGAGUGGAGAUGGAGGAUGCACAUACAGCUGUAAUUGGCUUACCAAAUGGACUUGAUGGAUGGUCUUUCUUUGCUGUUUAUGAUGGACAUGCCGGAUCCCAAGUUGCCAAAUACUGCUGUGAGCAUUUAUUAGAUCACAUCACAAGCAAUCAUGAUUUUAAAGGGCGUGGUGCUUCACCAUCCGUAGAAAGUGUAAAGACUGGAAUCAGAACAGGUUUUCUGCAGAUUGAUGAACAAAUGAGGUUACUCUCAGAAAAGAAACAUGGUGCAGAUAGAAGCGGGUCAACAGCUGUGGGAGUUCUGAUUUCUCCACAGCACACAUACUUUAUAAACUGUGGAGACUCUAGAGGUUUACUUUGUAGAAACAGGAAGGUUUAUUUCUUUACGCAAGAUCACAAACCAAAUAAUCCACUGGAGAAGGAACGGAUACAGAAUGCAGGUGGUUCAGUAAUGAUUCAACGUGUCAAUGGCUCUCUGGCAGUAUCAAGAGCACUUGGGGACUUUGAUUACAAAUGUGUCCAUGGGAAAGGCCCUACAGAGCAACUUGUCUCACCUGAGCCUGAGGUUUAUGAAAUCGAGAGAUCAGAAGAAGAUGAUCAAUUCAUCAUACUGGCUUGUGAUGGUAUCUGGGAUGUUAUGGGAAAUGAAGAGCUGUGUGAAUUUGUCAGAUCAAGGCUUGAAGUCACUGAUGAUCUUGAAAGAGUUUGCAAUGAAAUUGUCGACACCUGCUUGUACAAGGGAAGCCGAGACAACAUGAGUGUGAUACUGAUCUGUUUUCCAAAUGCACCAAAGGUAUUGCCAGAGGCGGUGAAGAGAGAGGCAGAGCUGGACAAGUUCCUGGAAAGCCGAGUAGAAGAGAUCAUAAAGAAGCAGGGUGAAGGAGUGCCAGACUUAGUCCACGUCAUGCGUACAUUACAAACAGAGAGCAUCCCAGACCUUCCCCCAGGGGGUGAAUUGGCAAGCAAACGGAGUGUGAUUGAAGCAGUUUAUAACAGACUGAAUCCUUAUAGAAAUGAUGAUACUGACUCUGCAUCAACAGAUGAUAUGUGGUAACACUGCUAUCUAAGUUAUGGAGUUGACACCCACUAUCCUCAUGAAAGAUGCACUCAACCCACAGUGACCCUUCUUCACAUCCACCUUCCACCUUACUUGAAGGGAAAAGAUGUGUUGGCGGAAAUGACUACACCAGAAAACAUCGAUCCAACACCUAGCCCAGGAACUGAUCCUUUUUUCCUUUUUUCUCCCUUUUUUUUGCAAAAUAGACUUCUGUAAAAGUGAUUAUGAACCCAUAAUGUUGUAAAUUGGACUCUAAUAAGCAAUUUUAUGUUGUAUGAUUUUGUUUUGUAAAGUGCAAUUGUGGUUGUACAAAACGCUUAUUUAAUACUGAAUUGCUUUACAUUACUUAAGGUUAGAUGAACAGCUUGGUUUGUUUUAAGGCAACAAUAGUCUAGCCCUUUCUAUUCCUAUUUGUGAUUCUGGAUUGCUGGGAGCAGCAACCUAGCCAGCUAAUGCUCAGGAGGUGCAUACAAAUUAUGUAAAGGAUAUUUUAUACAGAGGCAGAUAAUUGCAACUCUAGUAUGGAAAAUAACUGGACUUCAGUUCAUUCUCCAUUGACUUUUAAUUGUUCCUUGUUCUGAAUUCCUGUGGGGUUUAAAACUCCCAUGAAAUAUAUGGGAAGUUUGGAAAAAGAAGGGGACAGAAUCACCAACCAUCCAAGGUGGCCAUAAAUAUAGAUUGUGGGGUUUAACAUGCCUUGAUUAUUUGAACCUUUUUUUCCCCAGAGCAAAUCUUUACCUUCAGUUAUUAGCUUAUAUAAGGCUGUAUCUUUUCCAUAUUUAGGAGUCUGCUCCAUUUUUAUUAUCCUGAUUGGCUGGGCUGGCUGCUGUUCCAAGUAAAAUACUUUGAAUUCCAUUUUAUCAAUAAAGCUUGAUUUAACAAACCAGAAAUUAACAAUAUAUGCGUAACUCCUUCCCCUCCCCGUCUUCUGAAAUGCUUGUAAAUGAGAUGUCAUGUGAAUACAUAUUUUUAUUAACUAAUUGCCCAUUUAUGAAAUGGGGGAAACUCUUAACUGUUGCCCAAGGCACAGGGGGAUUUUUUCAGCUGGUGUAAUAUGGUUUGAGAAAUGGAAUAAUCUUUUUACAUGGGUUUCUUUUGAAAAAUUUUACUUUGAGAGAGUAACAUGAGCUUAUAGCUUAUAUUUGCCUCUUGUUAAUGAAAACUCAUUUGUCAGAGCCUGACAAUCUUACUUUUUAUGGUAUUUUUUUUAUGACCUCCCAUUGACUUAGAACAAAAAAUUAGUGAUUUAACAAUACAUUACAUGUGAUUUGAAAUACAGCCUGUUCAGGAUAUUUAGCUGUUGGGAUUAAAUUGCUAAUUUAAAAAAUAUGAAAGUACAGUAAUACAACUAAUUUGACUUCACUUUUCUGCUACUGAACAUACAAAAGUAAGUUUUCAGAUCAGUUGUGUUUGCAGAACUACUGUUUUGUGCACCUUGUAUUUUUUAGUUGAAGAUCAAUAUGUACGUUUGUUUAACCUUUCAGUCAGCAGAUGCCACUCCAAAGGAAAAUCAGCAAAAUAUAUAAAUAGGUUGUAGCAAUGUAGCUAGAAUUUUUUUAAAAAGGUGUAAAGUAUACCUUUUUAUAGGAAGCAAUGUAUAAUGUGUUUUUCUAUAUCCGUCUUUCCCCCUAACUUUGAAAUAUACAUUUGUGUGUAUAUAUAGCCUUAAAACUAUUGAAGAGUUAGGGAGUGUCAAACAGUGAAAAAGUAACUUAAUAAUGUUUCAAUUAAGGAUAGCAUUAUACCAGCAAACACUUAAUUUUAUUCCUCUUGUUUGUGUGAGGUGCUUAACCUUAACAUAUGGUUGUAUUCAGUUUGUACCCUGUUGAAGCAUGAACGAAGAAAACAUAAGCACUGUUUGUAUUUAUACAUUUCUAGCAACCUUGGGUUUUGAAGAACAAGUCCCUCACCCUAUUUACAAAUAAUUGCUUAAAAUGUACAAAUUUGUUGAGUUCAAACUAUAAAGAUUUCAAAUGUAUAACUUCACAAGUACCUAGGAGACCAGAAUUUAAAAUACUGCAUCAUCAGCUAGUUAGUGUUAAACUGGUUUAGAAUUGGAACAAGAACUCUGUCUGCUCCUUCCCCCCAAUCCCCACAUGUUUACCGAAGUGUAGUUGUAAAAAUUGCAAAGCUUCUGCUCCAACUGUGGGAAUGAAGGUUUAAAGUGUUUUUCAAAAUCACCAGUGGAAAGCCAUAUGUUAAAAGAACAAUAUAAAAUGUCAUAAAGACAUAGCACAUGUUUAAAAUUGACUGCAAGUGCACCAUUCUUUUUUUAAAGAAAAUCUUCUGCUGUUGCUACUAGUGCUAUGAAGGGGGGGGUGGGGGGUGGCAGAAAGCACAGCAGUUGUAGAUUCCCUUACGUUUGGCACUUUAAAGUGGUCAAAGCACUGUGUCAAUUAUGCCUGCUCAAUACACUGCUAUUUUACGUAUACCAAAAUGAGAUUAAAUUCAUUUAAUCAGUGCAUCACGUUUUCUAGCAAGGAUGUGCAUUCUUGUUCAUUAAUCUGCAAAAAAGAAAGCACUUUUCAUUUUUGCAACUUUUUUAAAUGCUUAAAAAAUGAUGGAACUCCUCAGGGGUGAUGCCGCAGAGUUUUUAAGAAUUGUGUGCUAUUUAUUUCCCUAACUGGAGGGGAGGAGUGGAUUCCUGUGUGCUGACAAAAUAAAGGAAUAUGAUGGUCCCAAAUUUAUCUGUAAGGUGUUAAUAUUUCAUAUCUCUGCUGUUUACUGUAUAUGUGUGUUUGUAAAGUUUUCUUACUCUGAGAUAGCAUUGCAUUUCUAUUAUAUUUUUAACUUUAUCACUGAGUUCUAUAGACAGCAAAGUGUUCUGAGAACUCUCCACCAAAAUAAUCUCUGCAUUCUUACUUUUAAAAUCAUGGUUGGAUUCAGCUUACUAUUUGAGUUGGUGAACUCUGUUUUGUUUUUAAAGUGACCCAUUGGACUCAUUUUUUCUUGUUGCUUUUUAUAGAAUUCCAUUUAUACACUGAACAUAACUGUGUUGAAAAUGCAAGUUCUGAGUUCAUUUAGAAAUCUCACACUUUAUGCAUGGUUUCAUGUUUAUAUAUGUGUGUUCCUGUGCAGUGGGAAAGUGCUACGUUAAGUUUUAACUGACUAAAAUAUUUCAGUCUAAAAAUUGGUUUCACUGCAUAAGGCUCCAUUCUUCCAUCAGUUCAGAAAUACUAGAUUUCUAUCCUCAUGGUUUAGAAACCGCUAUAAAAAUGAAUGUGUAACCUUA